GAGAGGUGAGAGAGAGAGUCUUUUUUUAUUUUUUUAUUAUUAUUUUAUUUUGAAAUUCAACUGCUCCAAUUUCUCCAAUCCCUUUGCACCAAAUCCCACGAAUUUAAAAGCCCAUCUCUGUUUUUCUCCUCUCUCCAAUACCCAGAUCUUCAUUUCCUCAGAAUUUUAUAAAACUCUCAUUUUUUUCAUCAAAUUCUUGAACUUCCCCUGUUUCUUCUUCUUAUUCUUUUUCAUGGCGUUCUGUUUCUGUAUAUUACUUAAACCAGGUAUUCUCACGGCUUCUCAUUAAUCCCUCUCUCUCUCUCUCUCUCUCUCUAAUCGUUGAAACAAAGCCUUUUCCAGUUAGGAUUUACCAUUUUUUUUUCCCAUAAAAAACUCAACAAUUUUCAAACAAUUCCAUUUUCUUCUCGUUUCUCUUUAAUCAAACACUUUGAAGGAAGGAAACGCGUUUUUCAAUCCGAAUACUCUUCCCUUUUCUCCCAGAAUUUUCCCUGGAAAGUUCAUUUCUCCAGGGAAUAACAAAAAAAAUCUUCAAACAACCCCAUUUCUUUAUCCAAACUCUCCAGUACAUAUUCUCAUUUCUAUCCAAUCGAACUUUCUGGCAUUCCUUUGUUUUUCUUUUUUCCUUCCUUUUUCUCUCACAAUUUUCCCUGGAAAGUUACAAUUUCGAUUUCCCUCCAUGGGAAUUCAGAGAGACAGGGUGAAAUUCAACGUUGGAGGCAGAAUCUUCGAGACAACAUCCACAACCCUCGCCAACGCAGGCCGUAACUCCAUGUUCGGCGCCAUGUUCGACGGCGACUGGAACUUCCAAUCCGAAACCGAAAACUCCGGCGGAACCGGAACCGAAUACUUCAUCGACCGGAACCCGGAUUGCUUCUCCGUCCUCCUCGAUCUCCUCCGAACGCAGGAGCUCCAUCUCCCCCCCAACAUCCCGGAGAAGCUCCUCUACCGGGAGGCCUCAUUCUACGGGCUAUUGGACCACGUCCGGUCCGCGAAAUGGGGGCAAUUCAACGGCAACAGGCUGCGGUUAUCCCGCUCGGUAGCGGGGCAGGCCCCCGGCGACGGCACCGCCAUAAGGGCGGGCCCCGACGGCGGCUGCUGCGUGGCACACGGCAGCAUGGUCCAUGUCUAUGAUUGGAUGCUAGAGGAGCACCCACCAAUUAGCCUUGAUUUCCAAAGGGUCAACGAUGUUGGUUGGGUUGACUCUGAGAAUGUUGUGAUCAGUGUUUGUGAGAGGCUUGGGAGAGGAAAUGGUGGAAUGGGGUUGUUUAGUUCAUCAAGUGGUGAACUUAGACAUAGAUUUCAAGUCAAUCAUGAUAAUCAGAUUAAAAGUUUCACUGCCGGGGCUUUGAGUUUUAGCCAAGAUUACAAGAUUUUCUCAAGCUGUAGAGGGAGAAGUAAUGAAUAUGGAAUUGGGGUUUGGGACCAAGUCAGUGGAAAGCAAGUUGAUUUCUUUUAUGAACCACCAGGUUGGUCACUUGGUGAUGCUGACAAGCUUCAAUGGCUGAAUGGAAACAAUUGUUUGUUGGUUGCCACUUUGUUUCCUAGAAAGGAUAAUUGUUACAUUAGUUUGGUUGAUUUUAGAGAGAGAAAGAUGGUUUGGAAUUGGUCCGAUAUCAGUGCCGCCAUAACUGUGGAUGAGAAGAGGGUGAGGGAUGCCAUAGCAAUGGAGGAGAGCAAUUCAGUUUGUGUGGUGAAUGAGUUUGAGGAUUUGGGGUUCAUUGACUUGAGGGUUAAUGGUGGGAGUGUGAGGUGGAGCUCAAGAAGUAGGCUCAUGAAGGGGAAAAUGCCUGAUGAGCCUUGUUAUCCCAAGUUAGCUUUGCAUGAAGGGCAAUUGUUCUCUUCCAUGAAUGAUUGUAUAUCAGUUUUUUGUGCACCUGAUUGGGUCUUGACCUCUAGGCUUAGGAGAAGCUAUGGAGGUUCUAUUUGUGAUUUCUCCAUUGGUGGGGAUAGGCUUUUUGCUCUUCAUAGUGAGGAGAAUGUGUUUGAUAUUUGGGAAACUCCACCUCCACCCAUCAUAUGAUUUGAUCUCUUUUUUUUUUUUUUUUUUUUUUUUUUUUUUUUUUUUUUUUUUUUUGGUCUUGACAUACAUUGUUGUGCCAUAUUCUUUUUGGUCAUGUAAGUUGGGAGUAAUACCAUAUGUAGGUUAGAAAAGCUUAGAGAUGUAUACUUACUCCAGAGCUCUUAUGAGCUUUGAUAUAUAGGGUUUGGUCAAUAACAAAAACAGAAAUGAAAGUGAUGGCUUAACUAUAAUAUAGCUUUGGUGAGGCAUCUACAAUUUCAGGUGUAUUUAUUAACGAGAUGUGACAUUGUUAAAAGAGAAAUGAAAUUGAUCGCUUUAAGUUCAAACAAUGAUACCUUGAAAUUCCGGCAUCCUCCUCAAGCGUCCUUUUUCUUUCACCAUGUAGGACAUUUUUUUUUCAAACUAUUUGCUUGCACCAUGCAUGCUAUUUAUCAUAUGUAAAAUGAUGGA